AUGGCUCUCUACAAGGUGAUCGGUGCGGUGGCUCUGCUGACUCUCCUGACACACGAGUCUCACUCACAACUAGAUGUGUGCGGUAAAACUCGGCUCAACACCAGGAUUGUUGGAGGACAGAACGCCCCUCCGGGUAACUGGCCCUGGCAAGCCAGCCUGCAAACAUCUGGGAGCCACUUCUGUGGAGGAUCCCUCAUUAACAGUCAAUGGGUGGUGACUGCUGCUAACUGCUUCUUAAGCAUCCCAGCCAGUCUGACUGUGUCUCUGGGUCUCCAGAGUCUACAGGGACCCAACCCCAAUGGGGUGUCUCGGACGGUAACAAAGAUCAUCGUAAAUCCUAACUUUGACUACAUGAUUGGUGACAACGACAUCUGCCUCCUGCAGCUCUCCUCACCAGUGACGUUCACAGAUUUCAUUGUUCCGAUCUACCUGGCAGCUCCAGGCAGCACCUUCUUCAGCGGCGUUAGCUCCUGGGUGACCGGCUUUGGCGCCAUUGCAUCCGGAGUUUACCCUCCUCUCCCAGUAAACCUAAUGGAGGUGAAUGUGCCAAUUGUGGGGAACAGACAGUGUAACUGCGAUUAUGGUGUGGGCCGAAUCACGAACAACAUGAUCUGUGCCGGGUUAAGUGCUGGAGGGAAGGGCCCCUGUCAGGGGGAUUCAGGUAGUCCGCUGGUGAGCAAGCAGGGCAGCCGCUGGAUCCUGGGGGGAAUCGUAAGUUUUGGAAAUGGUUGUGCCGAGCCUAAUACCCCAGGAGUCUACACCAGAGUGUCCCAAUAUCAGUCCUGGAUCAACAGCCAGAUCACCAGCAGCCAGCCGGGCUUUGUCACCUUUACAUCCACUGGAACUGACAGUGACCUCAGGAUCAGCUGUGCUGGCCUGCCACCGCCUCCAACCACCCUCCCUCCAACCACCCUCCCUCCAACCACCCUCCCUCCAACCACUACAACCACCCUCCCUCCAACCACUACAACCACCCUCCCUACAACCACAGUGUGCGGUAUAACUCGGCUCAACACCAGGAUUGUUGGAGGACAGAACGCCCCUCCGGGUAACUGGCCCUGGCAAGCCAGCCUGCAAACAUCUGGGGGACACUUCUGUGGAGGAUCCCUCAUUAACAGUGAAUGGGUGCUGACUGCUGCUCACUGCUUCCCAAGCAUCCCAGCCAGUCUGACUGUGUCUCUGGGUCUCCAGAGUCUACAGGGACCCAACCCCAAUGGGGUGUCUCGGACGGUAACAAAGGUCAUCGUAAAUCCUAACUAUAACGCCAUAAGUUAUGACAACGACAUCUGCCUCCUGCAGCUCUCCUCACCGGUGACCUUCACAGAUUUCCUUGUUCCGAUCUGCCUGGCAGCUCCAGGCAGCACCUUCUUCAGCGGCGUUAGCUCCUGGGUGACCGGCUUUGGCGCCAUUGCAUCCGGAGUUUACCCUCCUCUCCCAGUAAACCUAAUGGAGGUGAAUGUGCCAAUCAUGGGGAACAGACAGUGUAACUGUGACUAUGGUGUGGGCUCAAUCACGAACAACAUGAUCUGUGCUGGGUUAAGUGCUGGAGGGAAGGACACCUGUCAGGGGGAUUCAGGUGGUCCGCUGGUGAGCAAGCAGGGCAGCCGCUGGAUCCUGGGGGGAAUCGUAAGUUUUGGAAAUGGUUGUGCCCAGCCUAAUACCCCAGGAGUCUACACCAGAGUGUCCCAAUACCAGUCCUGGAUCAACAGCCAGAUCACCAGCAGCCAGCCGGGCUUUGUCACCUUCACGUCCACUGGAACUGACAGUGACCUCAGCAUCAGCUGUGCUGGCCUGCCACCGCCUCCAACCACCCUCCCUCCCUAAAACCACUACAACCAAACAACAACACAAAUUAAUGUAAAUGUUCUGAGUUUCUGAAGGGUAACUGCUAUCAGUCUAAAAUGAAGGGUGUAAAAUGAAGACUGGUUUAAGUUGCACUAAACAAAUGUCUAUGUAAUAUGUUGUCAAUUGUUGACAGUGACCUCAGCAUCAGCUGUGCUGGCCUGCCAUGAUUAUUUGUCAUUGACAUGAAGUGUCACCCUAAACUGACACAGAGAAGGAUGCAUUUAUGAUUACUUUGCAGAUAGAGUCAAACUAACUUUAUGUCAGAGAAGGCUUUAACACGUGCAAUGAAAUGAAAGCUACAGAAGCAUAUUUUGGAGGCCUGAGGAACACAGUAACUUUUAUCAGCUUGUCCAUCAUCUACCUCAGAGAGCUACUGUAUGUUUAUAUCUAUCUGAAGCAGUUUAUGUACACAAACUGUAUUUGCUGCACUUUAAAUGGAUAUUUCUUUGGUUUGAAUGCUUAAUGCCAAUUCUUGCAUAGUCUUGUCCAGUAAAUGUGAAGUCCUUUCUGUUCGCUUGA